AAUGUGCGUGCUUUCAUAGAGUGUAACAGAAGGAUUGCCUUGCUCAUUAAGGAUGGCGGACCCUGCACCAGUCCUGAGGCUCCAUAAAAUCCACUCUAGUAUGUCUUUUGGGCAUACAGACUAUGUUCCUGAAGAGGAAACUAGGAACCUCUGUGCUAAUUUCCCCGAACCGGACAUCUUACAGCCAUUCAAGGAGAUAGCCACACGAGGGGAUUUUCAUGAAGAUUCGUUCGACAACGCAGAAACAGUGGCGUGUGCCAGAGACAAAGCAGACCAUUAUUGUAAGGAUCUUUCCUCGCAUUCUUUAUCACACCCCGACUAUCGAAAACUAUCAUGGAUCAGUGAACAAGGCGAUAGCACCGAAUCAGUUGCGGAAAGCCGGCGAGCAAAAACAAUCAAAGUAGUUAGCCCAAGUUCUCAGUACACGAGAGGAAUCCGCACCUCAGUGCCAUCAGAGGUUGCGUCUUGGCAACUAGAAGCUCGAUAUCGACAGGGAAAUACGAUACCAUUUUGUCUUAAUCCAAAUGCCGCAUAUCUGAUACACCACUCAUCAAUUACUGGUCAACGAAAGCGUGUGGAGCAAGAAUUGGGAACUUGUGUCGUCUACCUCAACGACCGAAACCACUUGAGGGCCCUUGAAAAACGUCUCCAAGUUCGGCUAGAAAGGAUGAGUGACACGGCUCACAAAAAUCGAGCUUUGGCUGAAUAUAUUAAACUUAAAAGUGAUUCAAGGGACGAGAUAGAACGUAUCUUGUCACCAUUCAAAAAAGAAAACGAGAGUCCCGACCCUUGUGAGGGCAUUUUAUCACAAGAAUUACAGAUUCGUGAAUAUCCAUCCGAUUUCCACUCAGAUGGAAGCCAAGCGGAUGCGCCCAAAAAAACCGAAGAACAACCGGAACAAGAACAAGUGACAGAGGGUGAAACGGUGACAGCAUCUGAAGAAGAACAACAGGCAAAGCCUGUCACUUCACCAACAGUCAGUGUGCCUCGAACGGAACCCCUGUUCCUCAAGCUAGACAGCACAGAAGCUCUUCUCAGCUCCACCUGUAGCAUGACCACUCUCUACGAUAACGCGGAAAAAUCGGUGAAAUCAAAGCAUAUGCUUGACAAACGUGGCCUCAAAUAUACCAAUUUAUCCUGGGAGAGAUAGUAAGGAGAUUUUGUCUAGGUGCGAUUAUCACGACCACUGCACCAUUGAUCAGGGUUUAGGUAUUCACCAAGAAUCCCUUCCUGUUUUUCAUACAUCCGCUCCUUUUUAACCGAACAGGUCCACAUUUAGAUAUUUGCAGCGUAUUUGGACACAACGAGCAACAGAGGGAGAGAGAGGGAAAUAAAUAGAAAACUUCUGCGACUGUUAUUCGUCCAGGCACAUGCUCACGUGAUGUUUUUAGAAACAUCCUUUUUCACCGUCUCAUUUUACUCAACCUACUUUGGGUGUGCUUGCACAAACAUCACACCAGUGAAUUCCUACACAUAGGAGUGUAGGAUAGAUGGAGAUUUCCAAACAGAGAUCCAUCGUAUUUGUUAGCCAACAGACAGAAACAAAACAGUGUUUUCAGGAUGUGAAAAAGAACAAGCUGUAAAACCAACACAAAGCUGCUUUCCUGCAUGAAGCCGAUGCAGCAGCUGAUCAAUAAGACCUUGUUUUACACGAAAAUGUGAGGAAAUU